UCUGGGUGGGGAAUUGGCGGAGGGGAGUGGGUACGACCAUGAGACGGAGCACGCUUAUGGGGACCCCUAUGCGGAUACCUACAGCGAGUCAGCAGCGGCACAGAGGGAGGCGGUGCCCAGGCGGCUGCGGCUGACUGAGGACCCGCACUCGCCUCCCCCCCGGCCCCCGCCAUCCACACCGCCAGCAGCAGCAGAGUCAGGGCGAGCAGCCGUGGGCACAGUGGCAAAGCAUAUUGUGCAGAGGCAGCAGACGGAGCCAGAGCAAGAGCAAGAGGCUGGCAUGGACAGUGCUUCCGACCCAUCUGCUUCCCUUCCUGCUCGGUUCGCUGCUGCUAUCACCGCUGCUGCAGCAGGCGGCUCACUGGCGGACGAAUCAGCAGCCAUCGCUGCAGCGCUGCCCGCACCCAAGGCCUGGGAUCAGCCCAGCCUGGACAGGAUCUCGACCGUUGAUCGCGAGGAGAGGAUCCGAGGGCUGGAGUCGCGGUGUCUGGACCAGUGCGUGCAGCUGUGCCGCGACCUCAUCGUGCGGCAGCGGCUGUGGCACCAGGACAUAGAGGAGUCGGGCAAGCCGCUGCCGCCAGUCAAGCUCUUCCCAAUCGUCCCACCUCUCGACCUCCUUGACCCCGUGCACCCGCCUGCCCUCCCUGCGCUCCACCUCGACUCGCUGCUGCCGCUCCUCCCACCCGCCAUGCAAACUGCUGCCGGAGCCAUUGCCCCUGCUGCCCCUUCUGCUGGGGAAGGGGCGGUGGUAGGAUUUGCGGGGGGGAGGGGAGGGCGAGGGAGGGGACGGGGGAGAGGGCGAGGAGGGAGGGGGAUGAAGCUGACAGAUUGGGAACCUGAACCGACGGAUGCUGAUGGCGGUGGCGGUGCUGGUGGCGGUGGUAAUGCAGCAGGCACAGCUGGUGGCGCUUUGGGAGCUGAGAUCAUUGAUCUGGAGGCGGAUGAGUCGCCUAUUCACCAGCACCAGAGCUCCCCACAGCAUCAGCGGGUGCUGCCCAAGGGGCAGCAGGGGCACUUACAGAGGCAGGGGGGCGGAGCAGCCGUGGUGGUUCGGCCGAAACAGAUGGUGCGGCGGCAGCUGGUGUGGCGCGCCAAUGAGCGCGAGGCGCUGAGGAAGGCGCUGCUGGCGUUCGGACUGAGUCGACCCGAGAUGGUGCGCACGGCCAUGCGCGCCAGCCUCAAGAGCAGCCGCCACGGCGCGGGGGACAUCAUGGAUGCCACCUGCCACUUCCUCCGAGCCUGCGCGCUGCUGCAGCCCGAACCUGCCAUCGAGGCUCGGGACAGGGCGUGGGCCGAGCGUCGCCUCGCCGAGCUUGCCUCCAUGGCUGACGUCCCCCUUGGGGUGAAGGGGGAAGAGGGGGGGGAAGGAGAGGAGGGUGGAGGAGGAAGGGCAGGAGGGGCAGGAGGGGCAGGAGGGGCAGGAGGGGCAGGAGGGGCAGGAGGGGCAGGAGGGGAGGGCGAAGAGGGGGCAGGAGCGAGGGAGGGCGAGGAUGGGAUAGCGCGGCGCGUGGGGUGGUGGGACCGCGUGUCGGUGGCCAGCUGUGCUCGCUCGUGGGUGCGGCGCCUGAGGAUGCUGGAGCAGCUGGACGAGGUGAUUCUCUUUGUGUCUCGCGAGCCCUGCUUCGCCCUGGCGUGCCACCACCUAGCAGCGCUCAACGAUGCCACACUGCCCGCUGACUGGUGGGGGCGCGACGCGGACCUGGCGCUGCUGCUAGGCGUGGCAGCGCACGGGUACGGCGCGUACGAGGCGAUGCACGAGGACCCCGUGUUCCAGAAGCACAUCAGGAAGCCCAGGGCGGGGAGGGGGGGGCGGGAGGGAGAGGGGGGGGAGGGGGAGCAGGAGGGGUGGCUGGACGCAUACACGCUGACGAGGCGGCUGAAGCGCCUGAUCGAGCACCUCCUUCGGAUCAAACGAUCGCUGGCGAAGAAGCCCCUGCCCCAGCCACACCCCAUCAGGCCCGCGCCCGCCUUCUCCCCCGCGCACUUCAAGCAAGCCCUCCCCCCCGCAUCCGAUGCCUGGGCUGCUCCCGCUGCUGCUGCUGUUGCCACCGACGCUGCUGCUGCUGCUGCUGCUGGGGGGGACAGGAAGGUGGGGGGAAGGGAAGCCCUGGGGGGGCGAGGGGGUGGGCACGCGCGUGGGGAGGGACGGGCGCAUGGCGGGGUGACGGACGCGCCGUGGAGCCGCAAGGAGAGGCUGGAGCUGCUGCGCCUGCUCAUGCUGUGGGGGUUGCCUGCGGACCCCCAUCAGGGCAGCAGCGCCAGUGUGAGCUGGCAGCAGCUGCGGGACCACUCCAACUUGGCAUCGGUGCUCGCCAGGUCAGCAGCAUCCGUGGCGGCGUGCUUUGAUGACGUCAUCACGGAGAUGCAGCGCCGCCUGCAGGGCCUCCCCGCCUCCUCCCCUGGUGCCGCCGCUGCUGCUGCUGGUGGUGGGGGUGGUGGGGGUGCUUCGGAUAGUGGCUUGCCUGUUUCAAUAGCAGGAAGAGGGGAGGAGGGAGACGAAGGGAGUGUGAAGGAGGAGGGAGGGGAUGGUGAGGUGUCUGGCAAGAGGACGUUUGCGCUGGGCGAAGGCCACCCGUCUGCGUGCCCAUGCCUGCUAUGCAUGGAGCGGGUGGCGUCGGAGGCACGGAGGCAGCGCAGAGGGCAAGGUGGCAAGGAGAGGGGAGGAGGAGGAGAGGGAGGGGAGGGGGAGGGAGAGAGUGCGCUGCUGACUCCGGAGGACUCGAUUCUCAAUGCCAAGACAGCGGAGCGCCUGUUGGAGCGGUUGGAAGCGGUGGAGGUGUUGAGGCGGUCCCUGGCUGUCUUCGGCGGCGACUGGUUCCGCCUGGGGCUGUCCACGUACAAGUCGCACGACCUGCCCGCCUGGUGGCGCGCCGGCAUCCACGACAAGGGGCUCGUCAAGGGCAUAUUCGCGCACGGCUACGGGUCGUGGGCAGCAAUCAUGAAGGACCACUCCCUGCCCUUCGCCGCGCUCAUUGCGCCCAGCAAGGGGGGCAGGGGGAAGGGCGGGAGGAAGGGUGCGGAGGCAGAACCAAGUGGUGCAGGGGAGGGAGGGAGGGGGGGGAGUGAGCAGGAAGACGAGGAUGGGGUGGGAGGGGGGCCGGUGGGGGAGGGCGCCCCCAAGUCGAAGGUGCUGGUGAGGAGGUUGAAGUAUCUGGAGAAGAUGCUGAGGCGCCAGCUGAUCAAGAGGGACAGCUCGGGACCCAGGAAGCGAAUGUCCGCUGCUGCCAAGGCAGCUGCUGCUGCUGGUGCUGCUGCCGACAAUGCUGCUGCUGGGACUGCUGCUUCUGGUGAUGCGAAACCUGCUGCUGGCUCUCACAGUGGGAUUGGCUCUGGGCCUCCUGCGGCUGCUGCAAGUGCACAGCAGCAGCCAGGGCAUGGACACGUGGCACCUGCUGGUUGGCUAGCAGGUGGUCCACACAGGAGUGGAGGGGUAGGAGGAGGCACGGGAGGAGGCAGGGGAGGUGUGAACCUGGAGUUUACGUUAGAGAGGGGAGGGGGCAUGGAAGGGGUAGAAACGGGCGGGGGAGAGCAGGGAGGUGGUGCUGCUGUGGGUGGUGGUUUCGGCAAAAUUGUGGGUGGUCAAGGGUUGGGCAUUGGCGGAGGAAUGGGCCAAGGCAUGGGUGGAGGUAUGGGUGGGCUUGACUUGAAUUUGGACUUAGGCGAGGAGAUGGAGGACUAAACAUGCCACAUCCCACAUGCCUUGUGUUCUUCCUACCGUACUCCCAUGGUGUACACUUGCCAUUACACAGACCAUAGCACUACCAGGGCCAGGGAUUGGUGAGGCACCCUUAGGAAUCAGGGUAGCAUGGUUUGUUUACCCUUGCUCCUGGGGCAUUUUUCGGAACGCCCUGACAAAAUCAGGGUGUUCUGUCUGGAAAUAAAAAGUACACUGAUGCAGGAAGGGUGAUUUGCAAGAUACCCUGUCCGCUAAUAACUGAACUCGUCAUGU